AUGGUGCGGGAUCACUUCCUGGCAGACGAUGCAGAUGUUGGCGUCUUCUGCCGGCGCUGGUCCUGGGUGGCUGGCCUCGCCCACUCGAACGCCUCGGUAACCCCAUCGCGCGUCGCGGCGGCUUUUGGAGGGGUUGCGCUGGUGCUGCUGCUCGUGGUGGUGCACGUCGUGGUGGUCUUGGUCGCUGCGUUGUGCUGUGCGCUGGUGUUCUUGCGCGUGGUGCUGGUCGCAGUCGUGGACGUUGUUGCCGCUGCGGUGCUCCUCGUCGCGCUGGUGUUGCUGCGCGUGGUGUUGGUGGUCGCGGUGGUCGCUCUGCUGGUGGAACCGGUCCUCGAGGUAGGUCUGUCGCCUGGAGAAAGAUUCCUGCUGCCGCAUGGUCUCGGCAUGUUCGUGGUAGGUGGCGUUGGAGACGCCCUUGCUCUUGUCGUGGGCUUGGUCCUGCAAGCCCAGCUGCGCCACGCGCAGGGCCUCCACACCUGGUGGGCCCUCGCGGACGGGAAGUGGGCUUUUGAUGUGGCGUCGCGCCAUGCCAUGUUGUUAGGUGUCUUCCAGGCCGGCGUGCGUGGGCCGGAUUGGCUAAUCCUAGACGACGUAAUGGCGCAGGAUCACCAGUGCCUCUGCUUGCAUGGGCUGCUUAGCUCGGUUUUCAUGCUGCUACGUGGCACUGCCCAGGGCAGGUGUUUUUCCGUGCAUGUUUUCAACGCCCAGCUCCGCGGGCUCGCGGAUGGCUUAGCGGACGUGCUCCCACAGGGCUGUAGCACGAUCGUUCCGCCAUUCGCCCGGGCAGCUUUGCUCGACGCGGUGGAAGACGCGCCGCCAGUGCACUGCGCCGCCCCGCCGCGGGGGGAGCUCCAGCUCGACGGUGUCGUGAGGGAGGCGUCGCGUCUGGCAGCGGCGUAUAUGACGCCGUGGCCGCGGGCGAGGCACUUCCUGAGCGGGGCCCUGAGUGAGCUGUCGUCGCUGGCCGAUCGCAUUGACGUGGUGGAGCGUUCAGGGUCUCACCACUUAGCCUCCCCGCAGUUUGUAGAUGACAUCGCAACGCCUUGCCCGUCAGAGGGGGCCGUGAGGGCAGUGUUGUCCGAGGAGGAAUGGUCAGCCUGUAGCCGCUACGCUCGGCGCGUAAAGGGGCGCUUCAAUUACGAGAAGGGUAAGACGGCGGCCCUGCCCCUCCUGGGUGCCCCCCCGCCUCUUUCUGCAGGGGCCCCAGUUGUGCUCACUAGGUGUCUCCUAGGCGUCCUAGUGGGCGCUGACCUCACCUUUCAGCUGCUGCUCCAAGAGACACUUGCGAGAGGCAGGAGCCUUUUUGAAGAUUUACUGCAGGCGGCCGAGCGCGGUGGCUUCUCUGUCCCGGUCACCGCAGCGCAAGUCCCCCCGCGCGUGGAGUCGGUUAUCGUUUACGCCUCUCCACUGCUGGCACUAGCCGCAGGGGCUGAAGCAUCGCUGAACCGCCUCCAGGUUGAGUGGGGCCGCAAACUCCUCGGCUGCCACAUGGGCCCGCCUGUCCGUCACAGUGAGGUAGUGGCCCAAUGCGGUUGGCCGCUGAGGCUGGGCACGAAGUUUUUGGAGCGUGCCUUGAUGACGCAAGCCAGGCUCGCCGUUCUCCCGUUGGACCACCCGGCGUCCUGGGCCUGGCAGGCGUCACGGAACAUGCACGUCCCAUCCUGGGACACCGCUGUGACUGCACUCGCAGGGCGCCUUCCGUCGCCGCCGGCGAUGUUGGAUAGGCACCCAGCUUGUGUCGGGGAGCAGCUGGAGGGAGAGCUACCGGCCACCCUCCCUCGGUGCGGUGCGUGCGGUGCGGUGGACGUGGGCGUUGACCAUCCCCUCGUGACGUGCCGGGCCACGGCAGUGCACCAGGACCUGCUGGCAAGAGGCGGCCCCCACAUCCAAGACGUUGCCCCAGAAUUGGCCCUGCAGGUCCUCUUCUGCGAGGGUCUUCCAUCGCUCCAUCGCGUGCCCGUGCAGGACACGUCAGUUCUGUUGGAACUGCAGUGA